AUGGCUGUGCUGAUGGUACCCUCUGUGCAGACCAGGCCUGGCAAGGAGCAGGUGCCGGUCUGCAUCUCCGAGAACGAGUUCCCAGCCGGCCGCUCACCGGCCAUUUGCUUCUCAGCAGCGCCACUGGCUCGCCUCCAUCAAUUCCAGGACAGCAGGGCUCCAGACACCCACGCGCUCCGCGUGGCCCACCCACACUUCGCCCUGGAGGCCUUCGAGUCCCUGGUCGCCAGCCACGCGAGCCACCUGUGGGAGGAGCUGCGGCAGUUCUGGGCCGACCACUUCUCGCGCCGCUUCUCGCCGCGGAGGCCGCCGCUGCGCCACUUCUCAUCCACGUCCACCUUCUACCUGCUGGACCACCGCACGCGCCAGGCCGAGCUGGGGCUGAACUACGGCGCGCCGCGCACCCGACUGGGCAACGAGGCAUUCGUGUUCCGCGGCGGCCGCUGGACCGCGGAGGGGGAGUGUCACGCCCGCCCGCGGUCGCCGCCGCCCUCGUCCACCGGCCCGGCCUGGGAGCCGCAGGUGCAGCCGAUCAAGAGCCAGGUGCUGCUGGAGGAGAACAACUACCUGAAGCUGCAGCAAGAACUGCUCAUGGACAUGCUGACCGAGACCACCGCGCGCCUGCACCUGCUGGAGAAGAAGGGGGACACGGAUGUAGAUCCCGAGGCCGCGGCGCGCGCCUGGCAGAGGAAGAUGCGCAAGCACGGGGGCGCGGGCGUGCUUAUGAUCCCGGCGCGCGCUCUGGAGUCGCGGUGACGCAAUAAAGCCAUGCAGAAAGCCGAGCUGCGCGUGCGCG